GCUUGGCGCUGGGGGCGGGCACUGAGGCCGAGGGUAGCUUGAGCGCGGCGGCGGCGUUGUUCAGUCAGAGCGAGAACAUUCCAGAGAGCUGUUGCGCAGCCAUUGGUACCUGUAUUGGGGAAACAUAGCAUACAAGCAAGAAGCUUACAGCCUCAGUGGCGAAAAUUUUUUCAUGUCAGAGACCGAGAACUCUUGCAGUCGUUUAUGUCAUCCCUUCUUCUCCAGACAGAAGAUACCAAAAAGUUGCAAUCAAAGAUCUCUUCAUCUUAUUGAUAAAGCCACUAAUAAGCCAAAAUGUCUGUCAACGUCAACCGCAGCGUGUCAGACCAGUUCUAUCGCUACAAGAUGCCCCGUCUGAUUGCCAAGGUUGAGGGCAAAGGAAAUGGAAUCAAGACAGUUAUAGUCAACAUGGUUGACGUUGCAAAGGCGCUUAAUCGGCCUCCAACGUAUCCCACCAAAUAUUUUGGUUGCGAGCUGGGCGCACAGACCCAGUUUGAUGUUAAGAAUGACCGUUACAUUGUCAAUGGAUCUCAUGAGGCGAAUAAGCUGCAAGACAUGUUGGAUGGAUUCAUUAAAAAAUUUGUUCUCUGUCCUGAGUGUGAGAAUCCUGAAACAGAGCUGCAUGUCAAUCCAAAGAAGCAAACAAUAGGUAACUCUUGUAAAGCCUGUGGUUACCGAGGCAUGCUCGACACACAUCAUAAACUCUGCACAUUCAUUCUCAAGAACCCACCUGAGAAUAGUGACAGUGGUACAGGGAAGAAAGAAAAGGAAAAGAAAAAUAGAAAGGGCAAAGACAAGGAAAAUGGCUCCGUGUCCAGUAGUGAGACGACGCCGCCGCCACCACCACCACCAAAUGAAAUCAGUCCUCCACAUGCUGUGGAAGAAGAGGAGGAUGAUGAUUGGGGGGAGGAUACAACUGAGGAAGCUCAAAGGCGCAGAAUGGAUGAAAUCAGUGAUCAUGCCAAAGUUCUGACUCUCAGUGAUGAUUUGGAAAGGACUGUUGAAGAACGGGUUAAUAUCCUGUUCGAUUUCGUAAAGAAAAAGAAAGAAGAGGGUAUCAUUGACUCCUCCGACAAAGAAAUUGUUGCUGAAGCAGAAAGACUGGAUGUAAAAGCCAUGGGUCCUCUUGUUUUGACUGAAGUUCUUUUUAAUGAGAAGAUUAGAGAACAGAUUAAGAAGUACAGGCGCCAUUUCUUACGAUUUUGUCACAACAACAAAAAAGCUCAACGGUACCUUCUUCAUGGUUUAGAGUGUGUGGUAGCAAUGCAUCAAGCUCAGCUUAUCUCCAAGAUCCCACAUAUCUUAAAGGAGAUGUAUGACGCAGACCUUUUGGAAGAAGAGGUCAUCAUCAGCUGGUCAGAAAAGGCUUCUAAGAAAUACGUCUCGAAAGAACUUGCCAAAGAGAUUCGUGUCAAAGCAGAACCAUUUAUAAAGUGGUUGAAGGAAGCAGAGGAGGAAUCUUCCGGUGGUGAAGAAGAUGAUGAAGAUGAGAAUAUUGAGGUGGUAUAUUCGAAGACUGCCAGUGUACCGAAAGUUGAAGCUGUGAAGUCUGACAACAAGGACGAUGACAUUGAUAUUGAUGCCAUUUAAAGGGGUGGGUACAACCCGGCUUAACAGUGUAAUGCUGAGACUCUUUCUGCAUCAUCAACCAGAAGUGCAACAUGUAUGUGCAAAAGCUAAAAAGAAAUGGCUUAACAUCAUGCUACACUUUUUACUAAAAAUGUAUUGCUGUGAGUGGUCUGUAAUUAAGCCCAGUGAGACAUCUAGGGAGUCCAUACACAUAUCAGUGAGCAGAUGUAGUUUGCUUAUUUAUAGCAUGUUUCUUUUUGAGAAAUUAGUGGUGGACACAUUUGGAUCACAUUUAUACAGUUAUAAAAAUAAAGAUUUGAUUUUGGUCAUUCUUCAUAUUUUUGGCUCUGAAUGACUUAAGCUGAAAUAAUUGGCUCCUUUUAAAAAUGUACCAUCAUUUAACCUGAUAGGAUUCUUGGGGCCUGUUAGAAAUUGUUAGGUGCUAAGACUGUAAAAUGGUCUUCAGCAGAAUGUAAACAAACUUAUUUGUAAUUACCUUACUCAGCUGUUAAACACAGUACUUGUCUCUAGUUCCUCAAAUUGGCUUCUGGUAAUGUAUAUUCUUACGUACCUUGCCAAGGUGGACUAAUAAUUAAAUGGCAGUGCAACACCUUUAUUGUACUAAGUAAAAAUGAUCUGAGUGUCCUAUAAAUAAUUUUAAGAGCAGUUUUUGAAACUUGAAUUUUUUUUUGUCAGUUUGUGUACACUUGCCCCAAAUUGUAGUCUUUGAAGUCAUUGUGCAUUGCACGUUGGAUGAGCCAGGGGAGUUAUUACAUUAACAUAAGCAUUUUCUGUGUAUGUAGCUGUUGCUUUGUGCUGAGAGAAAACUCUUCAAGCUUUGGAGUAUGAUUAAAUAGUAAGCUCAGUGAUUUUAUUUGGGGGAUGACAAAAAAGGUGCACUUAAUCUCUAGCAAAAAAAUAAUAAUUUUUCAGCUUUUACGGUUUAAAUUAUAACUUCAAAAUGUUUAGAUAUAUACUGUAUAUUUUGUUCAGUGUGGAUUUUCCCCGAUACUAUGGCUUUUUCUUUAAUGCCUUUUACAUUUGAACACAUAGCUAUGCUUUUUAGGUUUUGGUUGCUAUCUUGCCAAAAUAAGUGUUACUAUGUCUCAAACUUGUCCUCCCCCACAAGAUGUUUUAUUUGAAAAGCCAAAAUUGUACUUUCAGGUCAGAGGCUGUAUAUUGGUUGAAAACUUGGUGUCUUUUAUUUCACAUUGAAUAUAGCCAGACACUCGAGAAGUCUGUGGUUGAUGGCCACUGAAUGCAGGUGACUAGGGCCUGGCCCAGCCCAUCCUAGGCUUUAGAUUUGGAAGUAACUUCCUUAUAAAUCCUUGCCCAAUUAAUUAGCUGAUCUAAACUCCACUUGACAUGUGUUCUGGCUACACCUGAGAAACCAUUUUCAAGAUAGAAAUUUGCUGCAUUUAUUUGCCAUGAAAAGUGCCCCGUGGGAAUCAAGAACCACAGGUUGGUUUCAUUUGGAACACAAGCUUACAGCAUUCAAAUCUCUGCUUUGUGAUUCAUCUCACAGAUUGUAAUGAGACCUUAACAAAUGUGUGUAAAAUUUUUCACAUUGAAAUUAUACAAACUCUUGAUAUAAUUAAAACCUUGUUAGCUUGAUAUUUUAAGAAAUUAAAAUUCAGCGAUUUUACUGGAGAGAGGUGAGUUGGCCACCAUCUGCCUUUUGAUAGAUUUUGAUGAGAGCAAAGCAGAAGCCACAUACCUGGAAGGAUUGUGCUUUGUCACACCAAAGAGGUUUUUGCAAAUUCAUAUCUCACCUAGGUUUCAAAUUCUUUACCAUGGGCCCGUUUGCUUUCAUUAUUUGAAAUUCUGUAGGAGGUAGAUAGUGGUGGUCUAAAGCCAACUUGCACUCAAUAUACCCAGUAUCAAGCUUAUAAGGUUGUUAACAGAGGUUCAGUUUUCGUUUUUGUUUUUUAAUUAAAGAACAUGUUCAGGGCUUCUAAACACUAAAGAGAAAUUUUUGGCUUAAACUGGUGUUCAGUCUGGUGCCAAACGUCCAAUGGAAUUCAGAUCCAUGUAAUUUUAUUCACAGAGGCUACCCUGAUAGAGUAAUGUACCUCUUCACUUUGCUCUAUUCAGCUGUCUUAAAAUUUCCUGUUUCAAACAGCUACAUUACUUGAUUAAAACAAUGUUAAAAUUAA